AAACACCAUUAAGCAACCGCCUCUCUCUCGCUCGGGGGAGGAAGAAAUUAGCAGUGAAAAUGUCAUCUUUGGGAACAUCGAAAGGGAUGCUCGAGAUCGCCAAGUUCGCGGUGUACGUUAGCGUCCCGAUCGCCCUAACCUACGCCGUCGCCACCGAGUCCAAAACCCUACAGAAGCUUAUGGGACUCCGGCCUUAUGUAGUGUAUCCUCCUGAGGGUCCUAAACCCCCAUCGCCAGAGGAACUCCGGGAAAUGGCCAGAGAGUUGGCUCGCAAGAACAAUGCUCGUUGAUCCGAUUAUGUCGCUAUUAUGUGGUAACAUGCAACUCCUUGUGCUGCGAGGCUUGAAAAUGAUACCAGUAUCCUAUGCCUUCCGAGAAAUGGCUUCUGCUGCUUAUAUUUAAUAUAAAUACUUAAGCUCCGUCACUUUUUUUCCUUGCGUUGUUGUUUGUAUGGGAGAUCGUAUCUUCCUGUGGGAACAUCUACUUCCAAAAUAAGUUGCACCUUAAUGCAAAGGGCAAGGGGCAAAAAUCUUUGAAGCCUUGUGUGUGAGUACAGCUGAAGCUCAUUGAGAUUGUAAUAGGAGAUGUUUUGUGUACAAUAAUGACUAUUUAAUAGAGGGCUUAUUUGAUA